AGUUUCAUCAGGGCAACUGUCCUAUAUAUUUUUUUUUUUAUCCUGAUAAGUGCAGCAAACACAAUCUGCUUAAUUAAACACAGACAAAAUGUACUUAAAGUUGGAAUAGGAUGAAUUUAAGCCUUGCAACUAUUGUGACUGCAGCAUUUCAUUCACAUGUGCACAGCUAAAACUUAAAUCUGUUAAAAUUAAAACCACACUUGUUGCUGCAUAUCUGCACAUGCAGUAAUGCCACACAUUUGAGACUCUUGUUAUUUAAGCCAAACGGUCAAUAUACUCAGUUCCUUGCCUGGCUUCUAAACAGGUUGAGUAAGUUAUUUUUUUCCUCAUGCUUCCAAUGAAUUUCAUGAAAAAAUCCAGAAUGAGAUUUCCUGGUGUGACGUAAGGAAAACAAAUGCACGUAUAUGUACCUGUACUCACGCCACGGUUCUCUAUUCACCUCUGUUUGCCUCCUGUGAGUUCAUUUCACACACAAGACGUCUGCAAGAACUGCCUCUGUGCUUUACAAAACGAUAUCUACUCAUCAUGGAUGUGAAACCAGCAACUAAAGGAAGAGUGUAUAUCACUCUGCCAAAGGAAUAUAUGGAAAGUUUAAUGAAGCACUAUGACCUGGACCACGGGUUGUUUUUAAGGAAUCUAAACCCCAGUUUAAAUAGGAGAAGCAUACAAGAUUAUUUUGAAACAUGGGGAACCGUCACAGCAUGUGAGAUUACAUUGAACCCAAACCCUGAGAUCCAAAAUGCAGUGGCCUAUUUGAGGUUCUCUUCAGAGGAUGAAGCAGACAGAGCGGAUUCGGCUGGACCUCAUACUAUCGAAAACAUUGAAGUGGAAGUGAAAAGAGUUGUUCAUCUAAAGAUGAAGCAUACAGUUGAUGAGGUGUCCACAGUCCCAGCUGUAACUUCAUAACAAGCAUGUGUUUUUUAUAACCUGCUGUGUAAACUGUGUUCAUAUUAUAUGCUGACCAAUUUGUUAUUGUGUUGAUUUAUCAUAAAAA